UGCUCGUAUUGAAUAGUAUUUAACUGGGUUUAGUUACAAGUUUGUCAGUUCGAUCUAAACCGUGAAACGUGAAUAUUCUCAGAAGGAAAUGCUUUCAAUUUUUAUGCUGUUAUGCAUCUCAGCAAUUUCUAUUGCUGAAGAUUGCAAGCCAACAAUCACAACGUCAAGUGGUUUUGCUGCACCCACCAAAAUGUGUGCGGGCAAUUUAAUUUUUGAAGAAACGUUCGAUAGUUUGGACAAAAACAAGUGGCAACCAGAAGUAUCUAUCUGGGGCGGUGGUAAUGGCGAAUUUCAAUGGUAUGUGUCAGACGACGAAAAUAGCUUUGCAAAUGGUGGAAAACUGCAUAUAAAACCAACAUUAACUGCAAAUAAAAUUGGUUACGAUGCCGUUGAAAAUGGCUACGUGCGUUUAGACGAUUGCACCGAUCCAAAUAAAGAACAUUGUGAGCGUCGCGCUGGUGGAGAUAUCAUUAUAAAUCCAGUUCGAAGUGCACGUUUAACUACGGCAAAGUCAUUUUCAUUCAAAUACGGUCGCGUAGAAGUUAUUGCAAAAACACCGCAGGGUGAUUGGUUGUGGCCAGCUAUUUGGCUACUACCAACGCAAUGGAAAUUUGGUGAAUGGCCACGUUCAGGUGAGAUCGAUUUGAUGGAGUCACGUGGCAAUGUUAAAUAUGGAAAUGAAGAUCAAAUUGGCGUUGAAACGGUUUUCUCAACGCUGCACUUUGGUCCACGCUGGGAUCAAGACGCCUAUAGAACUGCAUCAUAUUCACGAAGCAAUGCAUCUGGAUACAAUAAUGAUUUCCAUAAAUAUGAAUUCCAUUGGAAUGAAAAUGGAAUAAAAUUCUUUAUUGAUGGUACUGAACUCGGUUUUGCUGAUGUUGGUGAAGGUUUUUGGAAACGUGGUGGAUUUAGCGGUGAUAAUAUUUGGGCAUCUGGUACAAAAAUGGCACCAUUUGAUGAAGAAUUCCAUUUUCUCAUUAAUUUGGCUGUUGGCGGUACAAAUGGUUAUUUCCCAGAUGUAUGGAAUCAAAAUGGUAAGAAACCAUGGGAAAAUCACUCAUCAAAGGGAAUGAAAGACUUUUGGAGAAAUCGAUCACAAUGGCUCAGAUCGUGGCGAGAUAGAGAAAAGUCGUCAUUAAUUGUUGAUUCCGUCAAAGUGUGGGCGCUUUAAAAUGUUAUUCAUUAAUAUUCCAAUUUUUAAUGACAAUCGUAAACAAAUUUAAGUGAGAACAAA